CCACGGCGCCCAAGCUGCCUGUGCCAUCGAGGCGAAUUCCUAAAACAAGCAACAAACGAACAACUUCCGAGUCUAGGCUAGGUUUGUCUUCGCGCGGGCUCUCGCUAUUUAAACAUUCUCAAUGUUGCUGGCGGCGUUGAAGAAUAUGCUGUUGCGCCGGCAAAGAGCAGACAGCAUGUUUCCGUACCCCGAUCGAGCCGCGAGCGAGUUGUCGUCGAGUGGCACGCCAGUCGAGCUGCGAUCGAGCUGUGACCAGCGGAGCUCCGAUAUCGACAUGGAGUCGCAGAAUAAUCACCAUCAACAACAGUGUGAGACAGUUACAGAGCCUUCAGCUCUAUCAGGAGGAACCCGACAGCUACCCAAAGCGAAGGUGAUGGCGCCAAAGAGACGCUGCGGGGGGUUCACGGUCAACGCGCGCGUCGUGUCGGAUGCCACCAUUGGCCUCUCGGACGGCUUGACGGUGCCGUUUGCGCUGACGGCCGGCCUGGCCGCGCUGGGCGACACGCGGGUGGUCAUCUUUGGCGGGCUGGCCGAGUUGAUAGCGGGCGCCAUCUCGAUGGGGCUGGGCGGUUAUCUGGGGGCAAAGAGCGAGGCGUGAGUUUUCCAGUCCAGACCCCCUUUUCUAGGUCAACACCGCGCGCCUCCUAUCCGGGUCGGGACUCGACGAUACCCAACAAUGCCCAUACGGAAAGAAGACUAACGCGGAACAAAAAACCCCUAUACAAAAUACAGCGUCUCGUACAAAGAGGCCCGCAAGCAAGUAAUGCAGCGCGUCCUCAGCGCGGCCCGAGGCGCA